CCAGGCAAGCCUGCUCAGUUUUAUUCCUUAACUUGUGGAACAGUGACGCCUUUCUAAGGAGCGGGUGCCACAGUGGCCUCCCUCUUUUCUGCCUCUGACUCUGGGUUCAAGAGUUCAAGACCAAAGGCCUGGACAAGGGAAGGUGAGACCUUCCCAGGAGUGAGGAUGGGUAAGAGGGAGCGCUAGACUGUUGUAAGUCUCAGGUUCUGUCUAGAAGAGAGUGAGCAGGUGAAGGGGAGGGCACCAGGGUGCGUGUGUCCUGGGGACCUAACUCUAGGGAGGCAGAGACUGUGGCCUGCGCAGGGGCUUGCCUCCAGUGGGGAGCUGGUAGGCCUUGGGCUGCACUUCCUGCCGCCAUGUGUGUGACCCAGGUCUGUAAACAUUAGAGCAGUAUUUCUCAACCUGUGGGCUGUGACCCCUUUGGGGAUCAAAUGACCCUUUCACAGGGGUCACAUGUCAGAUAUCCUGCAUAGCAGAGAUUUACAUUACAGUUCAUAACAGUAGCAAAAUUACAGUUCUGAAGUAGCAAGGAAACUCAUUCUAUGGGGGGAGGGGUCAGCACAACGUGAGGAACUGUAUUAUAGGGUCACAGCACUAGGAAAGGUGAGAACCUCUGCUCUAGAGGCUUCCUGAGCACCGAAGGAUGUGAGAAAAGCAGCAGGAACCCAAGCUAGGACAUGGAUGGCUUCAGGGUGGUGCCCUCUAAGCUGGGUGCCCAGUGCCAUUUGAGUGGAUUAGUGGGGUUUCUAUAAAGAGGUCAAGGGGAAGAAAGCGUCAUCCCUGAGAGACACUGAGGAGGAAUACCAGUGCGACACGUGGUCUUAGCCAAAAGGCCAAAAAGUGAUGGAAGAGCUCUGUGAGCUGGGUAUGAACUCCCCACCCCCAACCCCAUCCACACGGUCUGCUUCUGUCUGAAGCUGGCCUCUGUCAGAAGCCUGAGGUAGGACUCUAGUUUAGAGGAUUUGUUGGGGAUGGGGAAGGGCAGUUCGGGGGAAGGAGUCUGAGUAAGCUGCAGAGGGAAAGGCUGAGCAGUGACAGGAGGGAUAGGGCAUGGCGGAAGAGCCAACCCCAGUGCCGGUCACCCCAUUAGGCCACCGCCAUACAAGGGAGCCAGCUUUGACUGUGUGUGACUCCAGAGUGAUGGGUGGCCUCACCGGGGACAACUGGGGCGAUUCUCCAGUAAAGCAGCCGCUGGUACUGAUCGUACCUGGAAAACGGAUGGUCCAUUGAAGGAAGGGCCCACAGUACCCACUAGCACAGAAAUCUCCUUCUCCCCUAACAGAAAUCAUCAGUUGAGUGAGCCUUGUUGAGAAAGCUGAGGGUUGGAAAGCGGGCUUGACCUCAGAUACCCAAACGGACUGGAGAGACAUCCCCAUGACUCCUCCACCCAGGGCAUGGAGCAUCUUGCUGUGAAUCUGCUGAACUCCACUUUGCUUUCGCCUGCAGAGCCCUUUGCCAUGAACCAGCCAGCCCCGGGGGUUGCCCCACCACCACGCCGCGUGAGGCUGAAGCCCUGGUUGGUGGCCCAGGUGAACAGCUGCCAGUACCCAGGGCUUCAGUGGGUCAAUGGGGAAAGGAAACUCUUCUAUAUCCCCUGGCGCCAUGCCACAAGGCAUGGUCCCAGCCAGGAUGGAGACAACACCAUCUUCAAGGCCUGGGCUCAAGAGACAGGGAAGUACACCGAGGGGGUGGACGAGGCUGACCCAGCCAAGUGGAAGGCCAACCUGCGCUGUGCGCUUAACAAAAGCCGUGACUUCCGUCUGUUCUAUGACGGCCCUCGAGACAUGCCACCUCAGCCCUACAAGAUCUACGAGGUCUGCUCCAAUGGCCCUGCUCUCACAGAGUCCCAGCCCACUGAUGAUUACAUUCCUGGAGAAGAGGAGGAGGAGGAAGAGGAAGAGCUCCAGAGAAUGUUGCCAAGCCUGACCAUCACAGAUCCUGUGCUACCUGGGCCUCCCAUAGCACCCUACUCCUUACCCAAAGAAGGCGUCAAGUGGCCACCUGCUCUCCAGCCAUCUGUAGGGCUGGCUCCCCCUGCCCCAGAUCCAAAUCUCCUGGCCCCUCCCUCUGGAACCCCUGCUGGCUUCAGGCAGCUUCUCCCUGAGGACCUGGAGCCUGGACCACUGGCUUCCAGCCAGCCCCCUUCAGAACAACUCUUGCCUGACCUGCUCAUCAGCCCCCACAUGCUGCCUUUGACUGACCUGGAGAUCAAGUUCCAGUACCGUGGUCGUCCACCUCGUGCCCUCACCAUUAGCAACCCACAAGGCUGUAGGCUCUUCUAUAGCCAGCUAGAGGCUACCCAGGAACAAGUGGAACUCUUUGGCCCCGUGAGCCUGGAGCAAGUGCGCUUCCCUAGCCCAGAGGAGAUCCCCAGUGACAAGCAGCGUUUCUAUACAAACCAGCUGUUAGACGUCCUGGACCGUGGGCUCAUCCUCCAGCUGCAGGGCCAGGACCUGUAUGCCAUCCGUCUGUGCCAGUGUAAGGUGUUCUGGAGUGGGCCCUGCGCCUUAGCCCAUGGCUCACGCCCCAACCCCAUCCAGCGAGAAGUCAAGACAAAGCUCUUUAGCCUAGAGCAGUUUCUCAAUGAACUCAUCCUGUUCCAGAAGGGUCAGACCAACACUCCACCACCUUUUGAGAUCUUCUUCUGCUUUGGAGAAGAAUGGCCUGACCUCAAGCCCCGAGAGAAGAAGCUCAUUACUGUACAGGUGGUACCUGUUGCAGCCCGGUUGCUGCUGGAGAUGUUCUCAGGGGAGCUUUCCUGGUCAGCAGACAGCAUCCGGCUGCAGAUCUCAAACCCAGAUCUCAAAGACCACAUGGUGGAGCAGUUCAAAGAGCUCCAUCACAUCUGGCAGUCCCAGCAGCGGUUGCAGGCCAUGGUCCAGGCCCCUCCUGUGGCAGGCCUUGGUGCUGGCCAAGGGCCCUGGCCCAUGCACCCAGAUGGCAUGCAGUAACAAGGCUGCAGAUGGUGGCUGUCCUGGGCUUCCUGGAGCAACUGUGGAGAUUGGCAUGGCAAUGGAGUGGCCCCAGCAGGCCUGGCUGGCUGCAGGGUUCUACCUCUGAGUCUCUUGAAAGGAGAGUAGGGCCAAAAAGGACAUACACGAGGCCUCAGGCCACAUUCUCCCUAAAAUUCGAUCUGAGCGCUGUCUUCCAGUGAUUUCUCUAAUCUGUUUGGCUCUGAAGAAAUGUGGCCAGCAGCCCCAGUGGGAGGGAGGGAACAUCACUAGCCCGGAGCUUAGAUACACAGGUCCAGUUACCCCAGGGCAGUCAACUCUAAUGGUUUCUCUAGCAAAAAGGGCCAAGGCGUGUUGGUGGGGCUUCUGCAGAGAAUGGGCCUGAUUUGGGGGUUCCCUAGUUUGGGCCUUUCUCGUCUUCCUCUGACAAGGACAUCACUGGACACUUGUGCUGACAGCUGCCCUCCUUCAGAGUCUAAGAAGCUGGGGUAGGAAGUAGAUUUUAAUAUAUUUUUGGAUUAAUAAAUGUUA